UGAACAUUGAACCCAUAUUUACCACCAGUGGGUUUUUUCCUCCUUUCCCGCCCUCCACUUUUCUUCCUCUUUGGACUUAAUACGGAGGGAUGUUUUCCCUUUUUCGUCUAUUCCCCCCCCUUCUGUUUGCGGCCCACCCUGUCUUUGUGGCCCAGCCUGGGGAAGCGGAAGGAAAGGGGAUUUAAAAGCCUUCCGUCCAAGGAUGCAUGUUCAGCCUGUCAUGGAGCCAUCCUAAUGCAUGCUUGCUGGCGUGAAAAAUGCUCAGGGUUACUCAAAGAUUUUGGAGAGGACUUCGGGACCCCUUAGGUCAUGGCUAGCUGGGGAAUUCUGGGAGUUGAAGUCCACAGGUAUUAAAGGUUGGGGACCUCUGCCUUCGAUGGACAGCUGUGUGGUCCGAGAGAAGCAGGGGUCCGUUCUGCUGGACCUUGUGAAUCCAGAGUUUGCUUAGAGAUUAUGUUUAUGGACUGAGCGCCUCUUGCCACAGGCUUGGACUUUGCACAAGGCGGCAUCUUUGUAUCUCCCAGCCAAAGUCCAACCAAAGAAAUUGCCUGUAAACCUACCUGCUAACGGAGUUCUACUGUAUUUUCUCUGUGUGUGUGUGUGGGGGGGGGAGUCAGUUCUUGUAGGAGUGUCAGUGAGAUUUCUGUCCUCUUGGCAGCAACUGGAAGACUGGAACUUCCUUGCCUGCAUAGGUGAGUCACGUGAAGGAGGUGGAUUUUUCCGGAGGACAGCAGGGCAAAGGUGUUCUUCUCCUUGAGAUGGUUAUAUGGCUUGGGCAGAAGCCACUGAAAUCAACCCCACUUCGCAGAACUUUUCUGCUAUCUGCCAGGGGGUGGAGUGACUGUUACUUUUUAUAGGAAAAAAAGAACUUGUUUCUGCAAGUUACUUUUAUUAUCCAGCCCUGGUUACCUGCUCAAGCCUUUCUGGGACAGUCUAAAAGUCAUUGGAAGGACGGGAGGGCGCAUUAGAGAGACCAGUGGAAAGAGGAGCAGUCCAGAAUUCUUGGUGGGUCUGUCAGCAACAAGCAAAGGCACCUAUAUAAUGGCAGAGAAACAAAAAGUGGACACAUUUUCUACUUCUAGUUUUCCAAAAACCUGUCAGAAAUGACACCUGACUCACGCUAAUGGGAACCCCUGACCUCCUCAAGAUGGUGGACUUAGAGCACAGCCAGCUCUGCCCCUUUGUUCCCUCAAAGGCCUAUCAAGACCCUCUUCCUUUAUCUUAAGACAUUUUGCAAGCGAUGGAGACCAUGAAAGAACUUUCACUGUCGAUAAGCGCAGAGAGCUCUGGAGCAUUAACUGACUUCCAGUCGCUGGGAAACGGUUCAGACGGAUCUGUCCAUACAGAUUCUCUCUCGCCCGCCUCCAGCCCCUCCUCUGUGAAUCUCACCGCUCUUCCCAAUAGCAGAGAUGAGCUCCCCAGCGUGGCCUUAAACAUUGAAUGUAGAAUCUGUGGAGAUAAAGCGUCAGGCUAUCACUAUGGAGUCCACGCUUGCGAAGGUUGCAAGGGCUUUUUCAGGCGAACCAUCAGGCUAAAACUUAUUUACGACCGAUGUGAUCGCAGCUGCAAAAUCCAGAAAAAGAACCGAAACAAGUGCCAAUACUGUCGUUUUCAGAAGUGCCUUUCUGUUGGGAUGUCUCAUAAUGCCAUUCGAUUUGGACGGAUGCCCAGAUCAGAAAAGGCAAAGCUGAAAGCUGAAAUCCAAACAGGUGAACUUUGUAUAGAAAAUUCCGAAGUCGCAGAUCUUAAGUCACUGGCCAAGAGAAUUUAUGACGCCUAUUUGAAAAACUUUAAUAUGACCAAGCUGAAAGCCAGGCUCAUCCUUGUGGGGAAAGCCAAUAACAAUCCUCCGUUUGUCAUACACGACAUGGACACGUUGUGCAUGGCCGAGAAGACGCUGGUGGCAAAACUUGUAGCAAACGGGAUCCAAAACAAGGAGGCAGAGGUGAGGAUCUUCCACUGUUGCCAGUGCACCUCGGUGGAGGCCGUGACGGAACUCACGGAAUUUGCCAAAUCAGUUCCUGGCUUCUGCAGCCUCGACUUGAACGACCAGGUGACCCUCUUAAAAUACGGGGUGUACGAAGCCAUCUUUGCCAUGUUGGCCUCCGUGAUGAACAAAGACGGGAUGCUCGUCGCUUACGGGAACGGCUUCAUCACGCGGGAAUUCCUCAAAAGUUUAAGGAAGCCUUUUUGUGAUAUCAUGGAGCCAAAGUUUGACUUUGCUAUGAAAUUCAACGCCUUGGAAUUAGACGACAGCGACAUCUCCCUUUUCGUGGCUGCUAUAAUAUGUUGUGGAGAUCGGCCAGGCUUGGUCAAUAUAGGACACAUUGAGAAGAUGCAGGAAAGCAUCGUGCACGUACUGAAACUUCACUUAGAAAACAACCAUCCGGAUGACAUUUUCCUCUUCCCCAAACUCCUCCAGAAAAUGGCAGAUCUCCGGCAGCUUGUCACGGAACACGCUCAGCUAGUUCAAAUAAUCAAAAAGACCGAAUCCGAUGCACACUUACAUCCUUUGCUACAAGAAAUAUACAAGGAUAUGUACUGAGGUGGUUUCGGUUUUGUACCGUAGGCAAAGCAGUAGCAACUCGACCGGAUACUUCGGACGCGGGGUCUCUGUUGUGCCUCAGCUGGAACAUUUGCAGUCCUAAAAUUUGGGUAACUGGAAUAUCCAUUUCUCUUGCAGGGGUUCAGUAAUUGAAAGAGAUUGCAUAACAGAGAGAGAGAUGAUGAUGAUAGUAAGUGUUGAUUGAUUUGAAAUUUGGGCCAUGGUGGGAAUUGCGUUGUGCCACAGCUUAAUUCACAAAUACAAUGCCUUCUGAUGUUCGUGCACUUUUAAGCAUUUGUUCCCCCCUCCCACUUCCUUAAUAUGUGAAAGUCAGUUGUUUGGGGCAGGAUCCAAAGAGCUUUGGGGCAGGCAGUGGACGAUUGCGCCUCUCUCACAGUUUGCAGGAGGAAUUAUACUUGAAACUCAGGGAUGUUUUGAAAACAGAGAAGGUGAGAGGGCUUGCCAUUCAAGGGGGGAAGGGUUAUAUGCAUCUUUUAGAGGCGUCUGACUUUGUUCCUGGGAUGGGUUGCGUUUGGUACCCAGAUCGGUGACCGUAGAAAAGCCGUGGUGGCACAGUGAUGAGAAUGCAGCAUUGCAGGCAAACUGCUGCUCACAGUCAGCAGUUCGAUCCUGACCGGCUCAAGGUUGACUCAGCCUUCCAUCCUUCCGAGGCUGGCAAAAUGAGGACCCAUUUUGUUGGGGGGGGGGCAAGAGGCUGACUCUGUAAACUGCUUAGAGAGGGCUGUAAAGCACUGUGAAGCGGUAUAUAAGUUUAAGUGCUAUUGUUAUAGCAGAGUGUUUUUCUUAGAAAAAACAACACUACUUUUUCUGGCUAAGAUUACAAUCUGAGUUCCCUAGAAUUAUGUGGAACCUCUAUAAGUUUAGCUGUAUAGUAUCGAGGACUCCAGGUGAAACAUCGGAGGAAUGUCGGGACAGGAGAGUGAGGAUCUCCCACCCCCACAGCCUGCCAGCCCCUCAAAGGGUGCCUCUGAGGGUUGGAGAGAGGGCAGAGACUAAGGAGAGCAGCCAAAUUUGAAGAGAAGUUGGAUUCCACCGUUAUGCCAGAUCUCAAGGACUUUGGGAAUCUCAGUGGAAUAUGAGCUUCUUGUGCUUCUUUUGCUAUGAUACGAAUCACGCCGCAUGACUGAUAAUCUGGACUAACAUUCCCUUAGUUAUGUAAACUAAGGUGGGCUCAGAGCUUGGCUUCAGUCUUGAAUGUCUGAAAUAAGGGGGUCAGCCUGGAAUUGAAAUGGAUUGUAAUCCUGCAUUGAAGGAUGAAGAACACCCAACAUUUCAUGGAAGCCCUGGUGAAUAACAUUGGCAUCUAAUUUGCACUGAAAUGUGGAAUGGAAACUGGGAGUUACUUAACACUACGGAUAUUUCCUAGUUUGGUGGCAGCCAAAAUACUUCUAAGAGGCUAGAAGUAUUUUUGAAAAGGGAUGGAACUUAGCUCAACUCAUAAGUGGGAACUUGAAUAGUCUACAGCAGGAAUGUCCAAGCUUGGCAGCUUUUAAGACUUGUGGACUUCCAAGUCACAGAAUCCUUCAGCCGGCCACGCUGGUUGGGGAAUUCUGGGAGUUGAAGUCCAUAGGUCUUAAAGUCGCCAAGGUUAGACACCCCUGGUCUACAGGUUUGUCUAAGCCCCAUCUUCCACCGAUGAGGUCUGUGUAUUUCUAAGAGAGGAGAACGCGUUAGACAUUUAAAUCCUUCAGAUAAUCUAGUGCAUUGCAUUUAGUAACCAGGUAUCUUCUAAAAUCAUCAUAUUUGACAUUCUUUGUAUUUCUGAGGGUUGUUUCAUCCACCUUUCUUUGGCAUCUGAACACAAAUUCUGAACAGGGGCUCACAGUCUUUCAGUGCUGUGUAUAUACAACUACAGCUUCUGUUUGUUCAGAUUAUCCCCAAAAGGCCUUGAUUUUGAAAAAUCCCAAAUUUGCCUCAGUUCAUUUAUGUCCCUGGAAGCUCCAUCUUGUAAGGUCUUCCAAUAAUGUUUUCAUCAGUUUUUCUACACGGUACUUUUUUUAAACCCUGAUUUCAAAAGAAAAAAAGAUAACUACUCGAUGUAUUCUAAUAUCAAAUUGGAAUUAUAAUUACCUGUAUAUUCUUAAUCGUUUUGUAGGUGAGGAUUCCAUACUAUGGAAAAUAGGCCUACUUUUUGCAAAGCUCCAAACACAUUUCACAGACUAGAAAUUAUUUUAUAAUCAAAAUGUCUUGGACAAACUGUGGAAAUGAUAGGCAAAAAGUGCUGAUUUGGGUUAUUUAGAAGGCAGUUUUCUUGCAGGAAGUGAUUUUAUUUUAAUCAGUUUAUCCCUCACUUUACUUAAAAGUGGCAUUUACUGACCCUGGCUUACGACUGACCAGGUGCUUCUCUGCAGCAGCUUUGUUUAUAAUAUAUAAUAUUUUAAAGUGUCAUAAAGUGCUGAUUCUGAGCCCAUUCUAUUCCAAUUUCCCCACCUGAAACUGACUCAUAAGAAUUAAAAUGGGAGAAAGAAUUCAGAGGAACAGCAGCUUAUGCCAAUAUAUUUUAAUAGAAAUAUGAUCUAAAAAUAUGGUAUAAAAAACUGUUUGCACUAUUAUUCAGAUUACUCAGGAUUGGGGCAAUAAAAUAGAAAUUAACGCUGGGAAGGCUUGCUUCCCAAAAAUAAAAUCAAACUACCUCAACUAAUAAAAUUAAAAAAAAAGUUAUAAAUCAAAUUGUUCAAGAAAUACUAAUGCAUCAUACUGACUGGCUCAGGAAGGCCCACGCCUGUCAACCAGAAACCAUUUUCAUACUUUCAUUAAGCGAAGUGUUUGGAGAAAAAGUUAAUGUCUUGCUAUUCCGCUUUUUAAACCUAGAUGGUAUAAUUUUUUUUUUCCAGAAAAGUGGAAACUUGCAUUGAUAUUAUAUAGUUGCUGCUUGCUUGACCGCUGCUGUAUUGGUGUUCUCUGUAUGGCAUAACCUUUAUUUGCUCACCCUUACUUUCCUGUAGCGAGAGUUGUGCAAAGGGCAGCCACAUCAACAAGGCGUCCGAGUUGGUGGCCUUUCGGUUGGGGGCCUCCUCCCCCUCCCUCCACAUUGGCAGUGGGGGGGGGGGAAGAGAGAGAGAGGAAUUGAAAUAAUUUAUAGGUGUUUGCAGAUAAAGUUUAACCAGCCUGGCACCACAGCAAGAUGUUUUGCAUCAAAGCUUUUACACAGCACAGUACCAAUUUAUUUCUUUAUGCCCCUUAACCACACACACACACACACACACACACACACACACACACACACACACACACACACAGUAUUUUAAGUAAAUUCCAUUGGAAUCAGGUCAAUUUGAUGCAUGGCCAAAACAUUUCUUGAAAUGUCUUCAGGAACUUCUUUUGCUGAAGGGGAGCUGUAGCUGAAAUCUCACAGGCAAAAUGGUUUACCUUUUAAUGAUAAUGGAGCCUUUUUCUGCAUCGGGUUGAAUUCCCUCAUAGGAGAAAGGAACUUUUGGCUGCCCCAGGAGAAGGCCACCUCAGUUUGGGAAAGCUGGGUUCCCCAGUAGAUGGACCUUGCUUGCAUUUUCAAGCUGCAUAACCCGACUCUUGUUUUCACGGCUUUAAUGUUUUUAUGGACCUUAGAGAAGAAAUUUCACACACAUUUGGAACCACACAACCCUCCCAAUUUUCUGCCUCUGGCGGGGUGGUUGGGCUGUCGUUUGACUGCUUGAUUAAACACACUAGAGGCUUUCAUCCCUCUUGUACAGAAGUGCCACGAACAACCUUACACCAAAUGUUAAUGUCACAGAUUUUUAAAUACAGUAGGAGGUUAAUCAAUAAUGCAAACUCUGAGGAGUCGAGCGUUAGUGGAUGAGUGGGAAACUCCUUGUGAGCUGGUGGAAAGCAUAAUAGCGUAAUACUCAGUGUCCUCCGUCUGCUAAGAAUAGUUUAAGGUAAAUGUUUACAGUUACUAUGCAUUUGAUUCCCCCUCUCCUCCUUAACGUUGAGGAUUUAAUCUUGAGGCCUCAUAGGAAUCCGUUGACUUUCAGAUGACUUUCACAAGCAACCAAUUUCAAUGUAGGGACAACAUGCACUGAAUUUGCUCUGUAUUUGUAAGUAAAGCUUUUAGAAAUCCCUAGGCAGCGAUGCAAAACUCUCUGUACUGCUCUUCAAAUCCAACGAGACAGGGGGAAUAUAUGAGUUUUCAGUAUAUUGAAAUUAGUGGGAGAGAUUUAUAGCACCCUUCUUGAUGAAUUACGCCAAUUAACAAGGGCAGUUUGCCUUGUCUGCCUCCCCUCCCCAUUGUGCUCCCUCUGAUAUCCAUAGCAAGAUGCAAAGCAGUAACGUUUAUGAUGGGUUCCACUAAUUUGCAAAUUACAAAGACAGACCUUGUGUCUGGAGCGUCUGCAGAGUCUGGCCAAGAUGGUGGAAUCAAAGCUCCAUCUGUUUUUUACCAGAUGUGCCCCACACACACACAAGAAACAGAUCCAGAUCCAGUUUUUCAUUGCACGGUCACAGCCAACAUCCUGAUUUUUUGGACCAGGCCUGCAGACGCCCCUUCCUCAUGCAAGCAGCUGUUAGCAAAGGAGGUUUAAAUAUUUGUAGUUCGGGUUUUAUUUGGAAGCAUUCUAGUGAAAUACAUUGACAAUACAAGUGAUAAAUUAAGCACCUCCAUCUUUAAAGAUGGGUAUUUUGCAACGCAAGCGUGCAUGUUUUUCAUGCCCAUUUUAAGCAGACUUGAACUCUAAUACUGACUACCACUUUAACUUAAUUUUUCUGCACUUUUUUCCUGGUUUGAGGUAGCAAUAAAACAAAACAGAUGGGCAAUUCAGUCAGCUGUAUUGUACUGUAAUUAUCUGCUUUCCAGUGCCUUGUUUCUGAAUGGUUUGGAGUUACUUCGCAUAUCUUAAGCUAUUCCUGAGGUGUAGAGCAAAACACUGAAAGGAGAUCAAAAACUAGAUUUCUUCUCCAUAUUUAAAUUGUAUGAAAGCUCUACUUGUAAGAUUAUAACUCAGUUUUUAGGGAAGAAUUGUAAAUUUAGCCCAAGGAUUUAACAAUAUAUUUUUAAUUUUCAGCUUCUGUUAUUAAAUUGUAAAGUAUUCUUAUGGUGAAUUGGAUUGUCCACAAUGUUAUGAAAAUGCUUUUUGACUGUAUUUGACAAACAUUGGCCUUUGAAUUCAGUUUCCAGGUCAGUUCUUGAGGGAUUGGAGGGAAAAAAGUGAAGCUGAAAAUGUGAUAGGAAAUCUUGUCCCAAAGAUCAUCGUUGACAAACAUUGCGAAGCUUCCACUGUGGUGUAUUUAAGGGGAUAGACGGGGAAGAGGUUUUGGUGGGUACUUCGUUUCGUGUCUCUUUUCUCCCUCUCCUUAUAAAGGGCUGGUACCCACCUCAGUAGUUUUGUGCCGUGGCACUUUUUGAGCACUUUCUUGUAAAUUCCCCUAUUGUUAUUGUUCAGUAAGGGGGAAAGAGAAACAAUGCAAGUUCAUGGUCUCUUGAUAUGCACAAAGUCACCUCUUGCCCAUCAUCCUGGAAAACGUGUUGAGGACAGUUGCUAAGUCCACUUAAAGUUCUUGUAAACUCCACUAAAGCAUUGUGUGUCCCUCAACAUUGCUUGUAGAAUAGGCCCAGCUAUUGGCGAUAUAUUCAAGGGAAUCGGAGCAGCCAAAUCCUGGAUUGUAUAAAGCAGGGGUGGGGGUGGGGGGUGGGGUCCAAACCUGGCCACUUUAAGACCCGUGGACUUCAAUUCCACAGGUAUGAUGGAGAACGGCCUAGGGAGGCAGCUCCCUUUAGAUCAGUGGUUCUCAACCUGUGGGUCGGGACCCCACUUGGGGUCGAACGACCAUUUCAUGGGGGUCGCCAAACAAGGCUGUCUGCCAUUUUUCCCCCUUUUCUUUGGCCAUGUCCUUGGCACCUGGUGAUCUAUAAGUGGUUGGGGGUCACCACAACAUGGGGAACUGUAUUAUGGGGUCACGGCAUUAGAAAGAUUGAGAACCACUGCUUUAGAUAGUGGCUCCCUCUAAGCUGAUUGCAGUCCAGAUGAGCCAAAUCAAAAUCCCAGGAAGGAACCGGAAGCAUUUGUGGAAGCGGAUUUUGCUUCCCAUUUUGUUGGCAAGAAAGAAAAAGUUGUGUACGGUACCAAAAGCCAUGUCAGGUGCUGCUUCCAGGUGCCUUCUUUGCUUCAAGAAGUUUGAAGAACACUUGGAAAGAUGGCUUAUCGAAAAGAAUGAAUAGUCAUUUGUCAUCUCUUCCCAACUACACAGAGAUUACGGGGCUAAACGUAGAAAGGAGAUCUUCCUCAAUAAUUAUGAGGAGGAAAAGGAGGUUUUAUGAAUGUGGAAGUUUGGCCUCAAGAGCACUUAAAUAACAAUCAUUGAACCAGCUUUAACCAACCUUAUAAGCAGCUACAGAACAUCAGUUAACCUUUUUCUAUUCCGUGGAGUUUGUGGGAAUUUAAAAUGAGGAUUGAGGUUAUCCCGUUGGGUUGGACUUCAGCUUGCCCAGGCACACGGGACUCCAGGGCCAGUCAGACGAGGUCACGGAGUUCAGGAUGUCAUUGCACAAAUGCUGCAAAUUUCAUCAUUUACAUCAGUUGCGGUGAUGCAACAUUUGCAAAAUAAUAUAUUAUGCAGUGUUGUGACGGCUUUUGCCUGGAGCUUGUGUGCAAAGGCUUCUUGGCUGUGCCUACUGGGAGUUGAAGUCCCUCCAAUCUAGAGAGAAGUGUUUUAAGGCUCUAGGCCAGGGGUGUCAAACUCGCAACGUCACGUGACGUGUCAUGACGUAUUGUGACUUUUGUGCCAUUGCCGGCAAUGGGGUGGCCGUGGUUUCGCUAUGAUGCAUCCGGCCAGCGGGCCAACAGUUUGACACCCCUGUUCUAGGGAAAGAGACUUGGGAGAACUGUAAGGAAUUAUUUUCAGCUGCAGUAAACAGUGCACAGUAAAAGCUGAACAAUAAGCCAAGAGAAAAAAAAAAGCUUGAUUUUGAAAAACUUUUCCUAGCUUUCCUGUGAGGGUGAUUUGCAGGUUCAAAAUUUGUGCAUAGCACAUGUUUAUUAAUAUUGUCCUUAAUAAGGAAGACACUUGAUACGGAUAAAAAAUAUUUCACAUGCUUUUUUUAGAUGUCAGAUUUGAUUUUAAAAUGCAUUAGGUGUUCUAUCCAUAAUGAGAAGCCUGUCACUGCAAAAUUUUACAGUGCUUAGAGUUUAAGUCAUUCUGAUCCAGACCUCUGGAUCCUCACUUAAUGUUGGGGGGACCUGCACCUUGGAGACAGGCGGGUCAGAAGCGGUGCUGGCAGGAGAUUAUUUAAAGAAGAGGCAGGCUUUGUCAUCUGCUUAACCGGGCAGAAACGCAGAUCAACUAACGGUACCCAUGUCUCAUGUUCAGGAGGCAAUGGUGAAUUAUUCUAGCAAAAACUGGGAUUUAUAGAAAAGCAACACUGGACUUUCUCAUGCAUUUUAGAAUAUAAAACCAUUUAGUGUUUCUCAGACCUUGAAUUCAACCUUCUAAUUUCCCUAUUCAAAGAAUAGAUGCUUGUCUAAUAAAAUAGGUAUUUAAUGAGUCUGCUGGGAAUCUUGGUCAACAUCUGUGUGUACAGUACUUUAAAAUUUUCUGUAAGACUGAUGAAUGUAUGUAAAGAGCAAUUUCACUGUGUGAUUUUUUUUUUCCCCCUUGCCUUAAUGGUCUCAAAUAAAGUAUUUCUUUAAAAAAAAA